UUUAGUGAACUAAGUUAUGGUAGGUUUGAGUGAGGGUUAGGGUUAUAUAAAUCUCCCUCUGUAAUUACAAAAAACAAAACAAAAAAAGAACAAAGGAAAAGCUUGAUAUGAAGCUGUCAACAUCGGGUUUGAGUCGGUUGGAUCAUGAAGGAGGAGAGAAGAAGUGCCUAAAUUCGGAGCUAUGGCAUGCGUGUGCUGGACCACUGGUGUCCCUACCAACGCCGGGGACUCGUGUCGUCUACUUUCCUCAGGGUCAUAGCGAGCAGGUUGCUGCCACUACUAACAAAGAAGUUGAUGGGCACAUCCCCAAUUACCCGAGCUUGUCGCCCCAGCUGACUUGCCAACUCCACAAUGUCACAAUGCAUGCAGAUGUGGAAACGGAUGAAGUAUAUGCUCAAAUGACAUUGCAGCCUUUGACGCCGGACGAGCAAAAGGAUACAUUUCUCCCUAUGGAAUUGGGGAUUCCAAGCAAGCAGCCGACCAAUUAUUUUUGCAAGACAUUGACAGCGAGUGAUACCAGUACCCAUGGAGGUUUCUCUGUUCCCCGUCGUGCUGCUGAGAAAGUUUUCCCUCCAUUGGAUUUCUCACAGCAGCCGCCAGCUCAGGAACUUAUCGCAAGGGAUCUCCAUGAUGUCGAGUGGAAGUUUAGGCAUAUUUUUCGAGGACAGCCAAAACGGCAUCUUCUUACUACAGGCUGGAGUGUGUUUGUUAGUGCCAAAAGACUUGUUGCAGGGGAUUCUGUUCUCUUUAUCUGGAAUGAGAAAAAUCAGCUUCUUUUGGGAAUUCGGCGUGCCACUCGACCGCAAACUGUGAUGCCAUCGUCGGUUUUAUCAAGUGAUAGCAUGCACAUUGGACUCCUAGCUGCUGCUGCUCAUGCUGCAGCUACCAAUAGCUGUUUUACUGUUUUCUAUAACCCGAGGGCUUGUCCAUCUGAGUUUGUUGUACCCCUUUCAAAAUAUGUUAAAGCUAUAUAUCACACACGUGUGUCAGUUGGAAUGCGAUUCCGGAUGCUUUUUGAGACUGAAGAAUCAAGUGUCAGAAGGUACAUGGGCACGAUAACUGGAAUAAGUGAUCUGGAUCCUGUUCGUUGGCCAAAUUCUUAUUGGCGGUCUGUUAAGGUUGGUUGGGACGAGUCAACAGCAGGUGAGAGGCAGCCAAGGGUAUCUUUGUGGGAAAUUGAACCCUUAACAACUUUCCCCAUGUAUCCGUCGUUGUUUCCCCUGAGACUAAAACGCCCUUGGCAUCCUGGUGUCUCAAAUUUGCUUGAUAACAGGGAUGACGGAGCUAAUGGGUUGAUGUGGGUAAGGGGGGGAACUGGAGAGCAUGGUCUGCACUCUCUUAAUUUUCAAGGAAUGGGUUUGUUACCAUGGAUGCAGCAGAGACUGGACCCAACAUUGAUUGGAAAUGAUCAUAAUCAGCAGUACCAAGCCAUGCUGGCUGCUGGAAUGCAGAACCUAGGAAGUGGCGAUCUCCUAAGACAACAAAUUAUGCAAUUUCAGCAACCAUUCCAGUAUAUUCAACAGCGAGACAGCCAUACUUCACUCUUGCAGCAGCAGCAGCAGCAGCAACAACAGCAACAAGCAAUUAACCAAGCUGUCCCUCAUAAUAUCCUGCAGGCACAAACCCAAGUUUUAACACAGAACCUGCCUCAGCACCUUAUACAGCAACCACUUAACAACCAACAAGAGGAACAGGCACGGCAACAGCAACAGCAACAGCAACAUACCUUUCAGAAUACACUUCAUAGUAGAAGUGAUCAGCUGCAUCAGGGACUGCAGUCAAAUGUGCCUUCUUUUGCGAAAGCAGACUUCAUGGAUCCAAGCACAAAGUUCUCAGGUUCUAUCAGCCCUAGACAGAACAUGGUCAGUUCAUUUUGUCCUGAAGGGAGUGGCAACUUUUUGAACUUCUCCAGAGUUGGUCAGUCUAUGAUAGCUGAGCCGUUACCCCAACAAUCCUGGGCGUCUAAGUACACACAUUCACAAGUCAAUGCUUUUGCCAACUCAAUGUCACACUCAACAUAUCCAGGGAAAGAUGUUACUGAAGAGCCAGAAAAUUGUAAUUCUGAUUCCCAGAAUCCUACUCUUUUUGGUGUUACUAUCGACUCUUCUGGACUUCUACUCCCUGCCACAGUUCCUACAUUUGCUACUUCAGUUGAUGCCGAUGUGUCCUCAAUGCCAUUAGGGGAUUCUGGAUUUCAGAAUUCUUUGUAUGGUUCAGUGCAAGACUCCUCUGAGUUGUUGCGGAGUGCUGGGCAGGUAGACCCACCAACCCAAUCUCGGACUUUUGUCAAGGUUUAUAAAUCAGGGUCCGUUGGGCGUUCACUUGACAUCUCCCGGUUCAGCAGCUAUAAUGAGCUGCGAGAAGAACUGGCUCAGAUGUUUGGAAUUGAGGGGAAGUUAGAAGACCCUCUUAGAUCAGGCUGGCAGCUUGUAUUCGUUGACAGGGAGAAUGAUGUGCUUCUCCUUGGAGACGACCCAUGGGAGGCGUUUGUCAAUAAUGUUUGGUAUAUCAAGAUACUCUCACCGGAGGAUGUUCAUAAAAUGGGUGCAGUUGAAUCCUUCAGCCCACAUGCAGCAGCUCAAAGGCUGAAUAGCAGUGGCGGUGAAGCUCAAGACCUCGUCUCCGGGCUACCAUCUCUUGGCAUGCUCGAGUACUGAGGUUAAUUGGAAAGCAUUUGACACUCUCCCAGAUAUUGCUUCAAGAUUCACUACCGAGAUAAAUCCAAAUAUUGGAUCAACUAGUUUUGGUGUGUAACACCUUAUUCGCCUUAUUUUCUCUCAAAAGUUUACCGCGCGACCUCUUUUUCUAUGACUCUAGUAUAAUGGGUUUGACUUUUAUGGAGAAAAAUUAUACAAGUUCACAACUUAGAUAUAAAAAUCAGAAGGAUUGAAUUUCUAGCAAAUUCUAAACCCGUCCUGAAAAUAUGCUGUUAUGAAAGUAGCUGUUGACACUCACUUUUUGCUGCAUUUUAUUGUGGAUGUUAGUGUGGAUGUCAUCAGAAUUAUUGCUUUUGUGAUA